GGACCUUCGAUCAGGAGAAUUUAUCGCUGCUGUUUCCUUGCUGCAUUGAAAGGGAAAUAAUGCUCCAUUCAACAUUGGCCUUGUCCCUCCUGCUAAUUGCAGUCACUUCCAACCUUGCAAUGGCAAUUAAAAAGGAAAAACGAGCACCUCAGACACUGUCAAGAGGAUGGGGAGAUGAAAUUACCUGGGUGCAAACUUAUGAAGAAGGGCUUUAUCAAGCAAAAAAAAGUAACAAGCCACUGAUGGUAAUUCAUCAUCUGGAAGACUGUCAAUACUGCCAAGCACUGAAGAAAGCUUUUGCAGAAAAUGAAGAAAUACAGGAAAUGGCCCAAAAUAACUUUGUUAUGCUGAAUCUCAUGCAUGAAACCACAGAUAAAAACCUCUCACCUGAUGGACAAUACGUGCCUCGAAUCAUGUUUGUAGACCCAUCUCUCACAGUACGAGCUGAUAUCACAGGAAGAUACUCCAACCGGCUCUACACGUAUGAACCACAAGACAUACCAUUCCUGAUAGAGAACAUGAAGAAAGCACUACGCCUCAUUCAGACUGAACUGUAACCAGCAACAGUGAAAUUACCAAAACCUCUACGAGGUGAAGCUGCACCUCUGUCUCUACUAGAAUUUUGAAAUCUUACCAAGCAGUUUGGUAUAUCAGAUUUCUUAAGAACAAUUUGGAGAACAAAUACAGAAAGA